UUUACUUAUCAGCCAUCAUAUGUUUCUGGUGUUUUGCGAAUUUUCCAUUUAGUUAAUUUUUACAAAAAAAGUGAAUUAUAAAAUAUAAUUAUGAAAAUCAAAUAAUAGUUAGUAAUACGUGAAAAAUGCAGUACGGCACAACAACGCAAAAGAAUUUUUUGCACAAAGAAGUGAAGCUGCACAAAUUGCACACGCACACAAAAUCUUAUAGUGAUGCUGAUUUGGUGCUAAAUCCAAAAGAACAUCCUGAUGUUAAACUGGGAGAUGUGGUGGAAGUUUUUCACCGUGAAGAUGAGGACUGUGGCAGUCGAUUGUUGUUGCAGAUAACAAAAUUCAAUGAAGGCGACACCAACUAUAAAGGAAUCAGUAUCGAAUCGGGUAUAGCACAACAAUUUAAUCUUAGAAAAUAUACUGAUGUAGUUAUGCGCCUUGUGAAUGCAGCAGACGUAGCAUUAGAUUCUAUUGAAAUUACAUUCAAAGAUCAGUAUAUGGGUCGAUCUGAAAUGUGGCGUCUUAAAACAUAUUUAACAAAUACGUGUGUUUAUAUAAAUAAAAAAAUUGAUUUUAAUGAUAUGCUUAUACGUUGCCAAGUAUAUGAGAUGUGGUCACAGGGUGAACGCGUUUCCUGUGGUGUCAUUACUGAGGAUACGAAAAUAGUGUUCCGCAGUAGCACAUCAAUGGUUUAUUUAUUUCUACAAAUGUCUUCCGAAAUGUGGGAUUUCAAUAUACACGGCGAUUUAUAUUUUGAAAAAGCAGUGAAUGGUUUUUUGACUGAAUUAUUUCACAAAUGGAAAAAGCUCGGUUGCAAUCAUGAAGUAACAAUUGUACUAUUUUCUCGAACAUUUUAUGCUGCAAAAUCGUUAGAUGAGUUCCCUGAGCAUAUGAGAGAUUGUCUACAGUUGGAUUAUAAAGGUCGAUUUUAUGAAGAUUUCUAUCGUGUAGCUAUACAAAAUGAACGUAAUGAUGACUGGUGUACUGUAUUAGCUCAGUUACGAAAACUCUUUACAUCAUAUCAGAGUACAGUAUUGCGUUAUCAUGAGCGCGAAGGUAUAAGAAUACCACAAGCUACAAACUCCACAGCUGCACAAGGAAAUUUCUUGGAAGUGCUUAAUAUUUCUUUAAAUACAUUUGAAAAACAUUAUUUGGACCGUACAUUUGAUCGUACAGGACAGUUAUCUGUUGUGAUAACACCUGGUGUAGGAGUUUUUGAAGUGGAUCGUGAGCUUACAAAUAUCACUAAACAAAGAAUUAUUGACAAUGGCGUAGGCAGUGAUUUGGUUUGCGUUGGUGAACAGCCGUUGCAUGCUGUACCACUACUAAAGUUUCAUAACAAAGACACCUCCCUAACUUCUGCUGAUGAUUACUCUCUACCACAUUGGAUUAAUUUAAGUUUUUAUUCGACAAACAAGAAGAUCGCAUAUUCCAACUUUAUACCACGUAUAAAGCUGCCACCAAUUAUAGCAAAUGCAACCAAUAAUGAGGAAUAUGAUGAAAGUGAGAAAAAUUUUUUAAGUUGUAAUCAAUCAGAGUAUUUACAUAAUUCAUUAUUCGAUUACGAUGCUUAUGAUGAACAGAUCUUUCAACCACUACCAGCUCAAGGCACUUGUUCCUUGCAGCGCAUAAUACGUGCGAAGAAGACUUCAGUGCCAAGCUUAGAGACUUAUGCAUAUCGAAAUAAUGAUUGGGAUAAUUUAACUCCAAUUAAAAUUCCUAGUUUACGAAGAAAAAUGUCUGAUCCUGAUAUACAUCAUGGCACUUCAGGCAUGUUAGCAUCUUUGACUGAUACGAUAAAUCUUUCUGAAUCACUUGCUUCUGAUAACAAAGCGCGUAGAUCUAUUGUAUCUAUAGCACCGAUUGUACGACCAGGACGUGCCUUAAUAAAUCCAUUUGAUCCAUCACAUGUUACAAUAAAAUUAACAUCAAAUCGUCGCCGUUGGACACAUAUAUUUCCUAAAGGCCCUACUGGUGUACUUAUACAGCAACAUCAUUAUCAAGCUAUACCUGCAAAACCAGCACUUCCUAUUAACAAUAACAAUGAGAAUGAAUAUUCCUCAGGUUUUAAUUCUUCUGAUUAUGAUCACACAUCGAAUUGUUCAUCGUUAAACAAAUCGUAUAAUUCCAAUCAUAGCGAAGAGAAAAUUGAUUUUACAAAAAAACGUAAUAAUUCACUUUUAAGUACAACAAAUAAUGGACCUCUUAUAAAUAGUGCAGUGCCACCCUCAAAAAGUUUCUUAUGGGGUGCUACGGGUGAACAAGAAUGGACUCCGGCAAUAACGACAGUGAAUGCUAUGAAUACCAGAAAACAUUUGAAACCCAUUGUUGAAACUGAUCAGAAAGGAAUUACCUGUACAGACGCAGACGGAGGUGGAAAAAUUAUAAUAGGUGUGGAUUGGAAGUCCCUAUCAAUUCCUGCUUGUCUGCCGAUCACUACAGAUUACUUCCCUGAUAAACGCUCUUUGCAUAAUGAUUUUGUGAUAUCCGACUACACUUUAUUACCCGAAGACGUUAAUCUUGAUUAUGCCAAUAGUCGUGCCAUAUAUCGUAAACCAUUAUCAACUGAAGAAGUCUUUAGAGAAAUAGUAUCACAACGUCUUGCACAAGGGUUUCAAUUGAUUGUUUUGGAAGAUAAAGUUACUGCGCCACAACAAGCUCCAUGCUGUGGCGGUCUGAAGCAGAAAACUGCCUCCGUACUGGGUAUAAAGCCACCAAUGGAAGUCACUAAAGAAUACUUAUUAUCAAUUGGUAGAAUAUUUCAUAAAAUUUCUUUAAAUGAUUCUGUAAUAACUGUUACAGGAUACAGGCCAAGACAUCCUUAUCCACCCAUUAAUGUUGAUUAUCGAUAUCGUUUUCAUGCGCCCCAGCAUGAAACUUAUGAAAUAUCAGGUGUGAACUUUACCACAGAAAAAUUGGAGAAUUUCAAUUGGAAUUAUAUGGAUCAUUAUAUAUGUACGCGUGGUGAUACAGAUUAUCCACUAAUGGAGAAUCUAAAGUACUGGCGUUACCGUAUGUAUCUUCUGCCCAAGGAUAAUCCAGCCAUGACAAAAAUAAUUGAAUUAGGUUCGCAACGUUGUGAUAUUUACACAGACUUUCCGAUAGACAAUACUAAGCAGCAAGUCGAUGACUUCCUGCGUUUGGUGGAACUGCACUUAAAUAAAUUAAAAAGACAAAUGAUAAGAAAGACACGCGAUAGCCCCACAGUCCAAAGUCAUCUAACAAGAAGGCGUCACAGUACCAGCAUAAUUUCCAGACCUCCACCUAAUCAGGGUUUGACAAAUUCGCCAUUUCGUGAACGCGUUGGAAGUAAUCGAUUACCAGAGAAACGACCCAGUUUUACAACACGUCCUGUGCCAAAAAUAGAUCGAGGACGUAUAUCACCAGCAGCGGAUGCUGCAGCUAUUGCUUUAAAUGCUGAACUAGGUAAUCGCGAUGAUCAGGAUGAUGGCUUUAUAGCAGAUGUAAAGUUACGUCCAAAUGCCAAUCUAAGCGAAAUAUUUGAAGCAAUGAAGCAUCCAGUAACUGGUGUUGGCUUCUUCUCACAAACACCGAGUCUACCAUCUUGCACAUUUAUAUCAUAUGAUGCUCUUCUUUGGCUGAAAGCACGUUUAGAUAAUACUAGAAAUCCUUUAGAUAUAUUAGAGGCAAUGCGCAAAGAAAAAAUGAUUUGUCAUGCUUCUGGAGAUUGGAAUAAACCAAUAAUACCUGGUUUUUAUUUAUAUUUUGUAGCACAACAAGAUACUACAGCUAAAGAUUACGCUAAACCUUUGAACGACUUGAGUGCAUUUGAAAAUGAGUGGAUGGAAGUUGAAAUUCAAGGGUGCAAUCACUUAUGGAUGGAUGAACCUGUACCUAUUAAUGUACCAAAUUUCCUAAGAGAUGUUCCUACCUCACAAACAUGGACUGAAUACUGUCUUAAUAAAAAAAUAUAUCGCCAUUCUCAUCUAGAAAUUGAAGUGAAUCAAAAAAGUGAUGAUCGCGUAGAGUGGGGACAUGUAAAAUAUCAUACAGUAAAUCAGCCAGGAUUUGCAUUUGAAAUCGUUGUUGAAUGGGUAACAUCAUCAGGACCAAGAGUUUCAGAUCUGAUUAAUGGUUGGAUACGAAAAGCAAAUCAAUGUGCUUCAUAUCAACUUAUAUCCGUGCCAGCCGAUCCAAUGGCUGAACCAUUUACUGAAAAGUCUGAUCCAUUACGUGGGCCAAUUUUUAUACCCUUAACUACUAAUUUUGACGAAAAUAAUGGCACACUUUUUGAAGAAUUUUCGGAAGAUAGUAGAGCUGACCGAAUGCUACUCUUUCAAGAAGCGAUUUUAGCACGUUUUGGUUUUCUACCUUGUGUGCUACAAAAGAAAUUUUCGUUUAAUAAAGAUUUACCGAAAGAAUAUCAAUAUGUUCACUGUUCGGGUAACAUGUUCGUACUCAUACGUUGUUCUAAAAAUAAUUAUCAAAUCGAAUCUCCAAGCCGUCAAGAAGUAAAUGUUACCAGAUGUGUUUAUGGUCAUACUAACAAUACGAAUGUGCCCAAAAAGGUUGGUUUUCUCUGGGCAUGGAAUCAUAUGAUACCAAAUAAAAAAUGGAAAUCUUUAGUUAUAAAUAACACUCACGAGGGUGAAUUAUUUCAAUUAAGAAUGCUUAAAGAUUUUCGAGAAUUUUGUUCAAAUCAUGAUGAACGCUUAUCGAAAUUUUGGAAAAAUUGUCAAGAGCUAAAAAGGAAAUCAAUUAAAAUUGAAUACAACAAUAAUAUUAAUAACACCGAAUAG